AUGAAGCCCGUUACGUUUCUCGUUGCUUUGACUACCGUUGCGAUCGUUCUCUCCACCAUCAGUGCUAAUCACGCCAGUAGGUGGCGACCGAUAAAGAACAUACACAACUAUCGCGUUCAGGUGAUUGCCGAGUUUGCAGUAGAUAUGCUCAACUUGAAGACCAAUUUCAUAUAUCCAUUGAGACUCACUCGACUCCAAGGGGAGUAUGUACCGAACGGAAGUUCACAAGAGACUUGGCACACAAUAGAGCUCAAAUAUUUCACACCUAUAUAUGAAGGAUUAAAUUAA